CCUCCAACAUUCCCUUCAUCUUUAUGAAAUUAUGAAAACUUUCCCUUCAUCUUUAGAUUAGCAAACAGAAAAAAUGAAUUCAAAACAGUAGGAUUUCCAUUGCUUUUUCUUUGCUCAUUUGAUUCGCUGGGUUUACAGAUUUUAAAGGUUCAACAUCGACCCGAUGUUCAGUUAUGAAACACAUGAAUUUUCCUUUUUAUUUUUCUGGGUAUAAAUUAUCUGCGAAACUCUGGCUUGAUUUGACUUUUGAAAGAAGAAAAGAAAAGGAUAACUGAGAGAUUGGUUUUUGAAGAAAACCCAUCUGGAUAUGGAAUAAGAUCUUUUGACUAGGCCUAAGAGUCAUACGUCAAGACUUUGAGUUGUUUAUUUGGGCAAUGAGACCCAAUGGUACCUAAAAUGUGUACCCCAUUGACGCACACCUUUUGAAAAUUUAAAUCCAAUCAAAGGAAUUUGUUAAUCCACAAGUGCUGAUCUAAAGGUAGUGGUUGUCAAAUACAUCAAUUGAGUUUCGAUCUAAGGCGCGCUAUUGUUUCCAUCGCUGCAGGUUCUGUAGAUCAGUUUGAAUGUUUUGUUCCAAUGUACUGUCAGGAGCACCUCAGAAAAAGAUUGAUGGACCUGACGCCGGUUCGUUUUCUGAAGCCCUACCAACCAAGGAGCAGACUCCAGAUUAGAGUUUGUAGGAUGUGGGUCGCAAAGAGCAUCGAAGAUGAUCCUCAACCUAUAGGUUUUGACUAUGUUAUCGUUGAUAAACAGGGGGAUGCGAUUCAUGUAACAACAAAUGCUCGAGAUAUUCAAUAUUUUUUGGACCAUCUGAGGGUCGGUGAUGUGUACAAGAUCAACAAAUACCGUGUUGUUCAUAACAGGGCAUCAAACAAGGUUGUACCUCAUGAUGCGAUCAUUGAGUUUAACAAGAAGACCACAAUCAUUCAAGUUCAAAAAACAACGCAGGAGAUUCCGAUGCAGUGGUUCAAUUUGAUUAAAUUUGAACAGCUUUAUGAAAUAAUCGAUAGGGAUGUUGAACUUAUAGAUAUAUUUGGUUGCUUGACGGUUGUGCAGCCGAUUGAAGAGCUGACUAUCCAAUGCACAAGAAUUGCAAAAAAAGAUAAAUCUUAACCUACAAAAUAUUAGGGGUGAAACUGUUAGGGUGACCUUAUGGGAAGAGAUUGCCACCAAUUUUGAAGACAGUGGAUAUCAAUCGUUGCCACCUCCCAUCUUUAUUGCUUUGACAAAUCUCAAAGUGAAGCAAUACCUAGGUUAUACCUCAACAUGCUUUAUUUAGCUGCUUAAAGUUUCACCUUAUUGAUCAUUUUCUUUUAUCAAUAGGAAAGCUUGUUCUUGGAACCACAGGAUCAACUGUUUAUUUUUUCAAUCCAAAUAUUCCACAACUCUCUGAAUAUAAACGCAAGUAAAUACACAACCAUUCUUUAAUAACGUUUACAUUUUUAUAUAUUCGUUUCAUCUUUCUCACCCUAAACAUACGCAAAAUAGGUUUGAGCAUCUGAGAUCACCUCUUCGGAUGUUGCCCACCUCAGCUGACAUGUAUACAAGUCGUACCAUCGGCGCUAAUUCUAAGUAAAAAACAAUCGACCAGUUACUUUUACUUGAUCCUACAUUGCACGAGAUUAGUCUCUCGUCAUCAACAUGUUAAUAGAAGUUACCUCUUCUUUUUUACAAGAAAAAAAUUGUUGCAUCUACCUUGGUUGCUUCUUGAUUUCUUUCUCUAUUUGCU